UGACCUGCUGGGUGGUUGGCAUUGACGGAUACGCUUUGUGUUCACACUGCCGACAGGAAUUCCACACUCCAUGUUGAAGAUGCACUGUCUAGUCAAUCUGGAUCGCGGAGAGGAACUGAACCGGUUCAAGUAGAAUGUCAACAAGUGACGCAGGACACUUGGAGCUGACACUUGGAGGAGAAACACAAGCAGCGACGGCACGACAGGAGAAUGGGCUUGAAACUCCGCCUCUGCAGCACUCUUGUCAUCUUACCAUCACGCAGGAGGGAACAGCCAAAGACCAAAUAAUUACAGCAGACAGACCAAGACAAGAGGUGGAUGUCAAUCGUGGGCCCAGAUACACCUCCUUUGUCCUGUUAAAACUCUCCAACAACCUGGACCUGAACAAAUCCGAGCUGGGACUCAAGAGGAAGCAAGACUCCUGUCUACGAAGUUCAAAUGAGUCACAGAGGAGUAAAGCUGUGGGCAGCAGAUCUCAGGUGAUUGAACCAACUUCACUGCCGGACACGUCAUUGGAUGUAACCAGUGAUUCUCCAUUACCAGAGAAGAUACCGUUUUUGGUCAAGCAAGACCAAGAGAUUUUUGCAGUUUUCCAUGAGUCCAGAAGUCCAUCGCAGCCGAGAUUGACCGUCUGCAGAUACACUGAUUUGGAGCGAACGAUCAAGGACCAAACUGAUGUUGAGGAGCAGUCUGACCCCACUGGAGCCAUGUUGUCGUCUGCUAUGGUGACAGUUCUGGCCCCAAAUUGGACUGGCCGACUUCGACAGUCCAAAAGGUUUGCGUCAACUGGGAGUUUGGAAACCCUGGAAAAUCUACAAGGUGGACCCGACUCGCGUUCACAGGACCGCUCUCAAGAGGCUCAAAGAGGUGUAGAGAGGAUGUUCAACAUAUCGCAAGCCCCGUCAAGAGCUCCAUUUCAGUGUACGAGGCAAAAUUCAACGGGCCGGUCCGCUAACAGUGGUCCUCCAAAUGUGGGCUAUGAAUGGAAGAGUAAGCUUGUUCAAAGAGUAUCGUUGGAUGUAAAAGGGACAGACAUCAAGAAAGCAGAAACAAGUACUAACAUGGAUGCAAAUGCACAAAACAGAACUCCGCAAGCUGGUCCUCACGUCAGAGUCUCGUCUAUGAGAUCCAAACCAACAACGAGCAGUCUUCUUCUGUCAUUAAGAAGAUUAAACAGUCAGAAAACUAGCUCUAGUACAAACCCUGCUCCUUCUGAGGUACCACUGAAGAGUGAUCAAGAUGCUAAACUUUUCUCAACACAUUUUUCUCAACCUUUUGCCAAACCUGGGCAAGAACUGAUUAAAUCAUUUCCCUCUUCUGCCUCCAUUUCUCCUAGGGCACCUGAAACUGAACCAGUCGGUUCCGCAUCACUGUCUAAUCACAGUGCAAGAGGCAAAACAAUAUUCCUUUCGUCUUUACCCAGAAACAAAGUCACAGAUGACACACCCUUUCCCAACCCACCACAAACAACGAACAGAACACAGCCAAAUAUUUCAUUGCUCAGUAGACGAGCAUCAGAAAGGGAACACAAUUGGAGGGGUUCAGGCAGAGGACUAAACCUGAUGUCAGACAGUCACGUGUCUUCACCUAAACCUCCCCAGUAUGACUCAAGCACGCCCGUGGCCUCAUCCUCUGGGUGGCAACAAACUGGCCAACAGGGCAGUGCCACUCCAGUUCUCACGGACACACCCAACUUCCAGAACAAGCCUAACACACCCUUAAUUCCUCUUUGUAACAAUUGUGACCCAGCAGUUCUCAUCCCAACUAAUAAUAACAAAAGUCUUAACCAUAAAAUCUCCACUAAUUGUAGCAACAGCACAGCAGUGUCUGUUUGCAAUGGUAACCUUAUGACGAAGCCACGGAGAGGAGGAACUCAGAGUGUCAAUGAGAAACAUUCUGACUAUACAACUGACAAAGUAAAGCUUGCCAAACAACUGUUUGAGUCCAGUUUAAAGAAAGUACAACCACAAAAGUCUCCAUUUUUUUCUGAUAGGCAAGCUUCUCUCCCAAGUAGUGGGCCAUUAAAAGCACAUGGGAGUGAAUUGUCACCAAGGCCCUCUGAGAACAAAAAUAAUCUAUGCUCCCUCACCAUUAACAAAACACCCACUACUUCUCAAUGCCAGAACUCUCCAUCGCGCUCCAGCGGUCUCCCACGCAAUGACCAAAAUGCUUGUUCCGCUUUUCAGAUCACCAGAAAUACUUCAUCAUUCCAUGGUUCUACGUCCCAAACACCAACCACCACCACACCUCUUGGUUUUGUAAGAAGUUAUUCCUCCAACCCAAAGCCUCUCCAGCCAAAGUCUGUGCCCUGCCUUGUUCCUGCAGCAAAUAACUGUAGUCCAGAAUACAUCACAACUUCAGCUACUCCAAGACCAACCCUUCAUACUUCUAAACCCGCUGCCGCCCCGACCCGUCCGAGCACGAUUGACACUGAACCAAAAAGCCCCAAAGUAGGAGGCAUAUUAACCAACCACUCAGAAAAGGAGAGAAAAAGAUUGAGCCUCCCAGGACAUGGAAAGAGAGUGAAGCAUGUCAUGUGGGAGGACUCUGAGAAUUCGGAACCCACUGAGACUCUUGCUCCUUCUCCACUACCUCGCUCAAGGUCCCAGCGACUCAUUAGAUCUCCGUCCAUCUUCUCCUUUUUAAGAUCAAGCAGUCCAAACACAAAAAACACUCCAACAUCACCCAAGACUUCCAACUUACAGGUCGGGAAAGGAGAAAAGUAUCGGUCCUCAUCAUUUGACUCUGUUGGUGAAAUAUCGAAAGCGGGGAACCAGUCUAAUCAAUCCAAGCAAAGCACCGGUAAUGCAGUGAACAUUAAUCAAGACAGACCUGUCCCAGCCCCACGCAGACUGCAAAGGACGCUGUCAUUGCAGGCUGUUUCAUUCCUGCCAAGUGACCCCUCCCCACCUCCUGACUUUUCAAGCGGGUACAAGAUUCGUUACAGCCCCCCACCUUACUCUACUCUCAUCUCUACCCGUGGUGAAACUAAGACGUUGACUCCAAGGUCACCACUCUUCCAAAACUCCAGUUCAAAUUAUAGCUCACAUCAUGCCUUACUUUCUCAUCCAGUUGCAGAUGCAACCUUACCUAUGUCAAAACCACCACAUAGGAAACCACCCAAACCUUCUCCUCUUCAGAAUAAAAUUCCAUCACAAGAGAGUUCCUUGAGUAGUGUUUCACAGGCGGAUGAUAUCAACAAUAACAACUGCAAGAAUAUUAGCUGUAAUCAGCAGAAUGGCCAAGAGAGCAGAGUUAGCGUCAUCCCUCAGUCUCUGCAGGGUGAAAAGCAUCAAUGCUCCAAAAUGGAUCCAGCUGCUCCAAAGAACACAAGGAUAGAACCAUUGCCACGUUUCUCAAAGACUCCAAGUGAUCAGCCUCACGGAACUGUGAGUCAUUCAAAUCACAGCUCAAGCGGCAGCAUCUCAACAGAGGGCCGGUCUGUGAGUGAUGAAGUCUGUAACAAAAGAGUGAAGGACAAUGUGAUGAGUAAAUUCAGACUUUUUUCAUCGGAGAGCAACAAUGAGCAGAGCCCAAAGAGACGUCGUUUUGUUAUGAAGAGAAGUAUCAGCACACCACACUCCAAUCCGUCAAUGUCAGAAUCAGAGAAAGUCCACAAGAAUAACAAGAAAAUAGACCAGGUUAUUAACAAACUGAAGCAAACAUUCAGCACUAGACGCUCUGAAGAUGAUCCCUCGUUUCCGUGGAAAUGGAGACGAGCUUCAGAAACGCCCUCAUUCAGUGAAUUGAGUGAUACCAGUGAUGCCACUAUUGAGAGUACCAGAACUUUAGAGGAGAAUCAGCAAGAGGUCAUGAUGAGGGACAACGAGAGGAGAAAAGACGGUGAAGAGCGGGAACAGAACAGAUACACCAUGAUACCAACUGUAUCUGUGCAAAAUUCCACAACAGAAAAUGAAUUCUUCAUUUGGCCAGAUCAGUCAAGUCCUAAAGUUAACCAAGACAAACCAAAACAUAUGUCAGACCUGUUUGAUGUUAGACCAACAAACCAGUACCUUCUGUGCACAGAUACCAGUCCUAGUCAGAGCCACACGACAACGUUCCGGAAGUCUACAUCUAGUUCCAAGAGUCCUUUCUCCCCCUUUUCCUCUCUUUCCACACUCUCGCCAUAUUCCGAUCUAGCAGACGAUAAUGUCUUCUACAGUCCAAAGCUGCAGCGCCGGAGGGAGUCCUCCUCACCAUGUGAGCCUGGGGAGGGAAUCAGCCUAGCGAGUUCAAGGAGAAGCCGGGCAUCCACAGGUCCACCAAGUAUAGGUCCAAUACAGAGCCAAGAACAAUUGUCAUCUUGCUAUGCUGACUUGAAGUAUGGCAUUGAGCCCGGGAGGUCGUUCUCUGUGAGCUCAGUCCUCUCCAGUCGCUCAUCAAGGCCUGGACGAAUCUCCACCGGGCCCAAGUUCAUGAGUGUGGGUGACCUAUCUGAACCUGAACCAACUUAUGGGGCAGCUGAUGAGGAUUUUAAUCAAUGGCUUCCAACGAAAUGCGAUCAUGGACCAAUAUCCGACAACAAAAUGCAGUCCUGUUUCCCCAGUGAAGCAGGUAAAGUCAGAUCAAGGUCUCUCCCUCGGUCGCUGACCAGGCGUCUGGCUCAACAGAGUUCAGGGCUCCCCUUUUGUCCCUCUGCUGCCUCCACAGGUUCAAUGUCGCCCCAUCUUUGGAGCCCCAACAUGAACAUUUGUCACUUUGACUGGGAUACAGUGAGCCCCCCAACUCCUCCUCCAACACCUCCUUUGUCGCCACAUACCAGACGCAUGUCCAAACGUCCCAGUGUUUCCUCGCCAAAUUUUCCCAGCCCACCAGCAGAACCACUGGACAACCAGUCCCCCAGGGGUCAUUUGCCGUCCCGGGGUUACAUCUCCAGCCUUAGCACCUUUGAAGAGUCCUCAGACAGCAGCUCGAGCACAACGACCGACGAUGAAUAUUACUUAGAAGAAAGCGAAGAUGAAGAAAAGGAAACAGAGUUGUGAAGGCGAUUAGUUUAAUUUCUCUUAAAUCUCUAUGAUCCAGGGCUUUUGCUGCACGUAAAUAGGGGAGAGACUUGCAACAAGAAAGUAGGCCGUCAGUCCUAGCAAGUGAUUUUGAGGGAGUUUUGUGUCUAGAUUCAUUUUAAAAGGAUGUAUGUACAGUAUGUAUGCACAAUUUGCUCUGCACAUUUAUGAUAAAGACAUGGAUGCUUAGCACUCAUAUUUUGGACAGCUGCAUGGCUUCAGUGCGGGAUUUACUUCUGUGGAGUUGUUUUAACCCUCAGGUUUGACGUUUGACGUAAUGCAUUAACGGAAUUUUAGGAUUUAUAGUCAAUUUUUGUGCUCAGGUCAUGGCUUUAUGCCGCAUGUACCGUAUUGCCCUGAAUAUAAGAGUAUUUUAGUAUACAGAGUAUUUUUCCAAACUGAUGGGUGCUGGUUUAAUCCUCCGUCCUCCCGUGACCAUGUCAGAGUAUCGUUGGGCAAGACACUGAACCCCCAGUUUCUCCUGGUGCUGCGUCAUAAGUCGGUUAAUGUGGUAACAGUGUGAAAGUGCUUUGAAUGCAAACCAGCAGGUGCACCAUAAUGCAUAAAACAACCUCGACAACAACAAGCAACAACAAAGAAGGCGUUGUGAUGCGAAAUUAAUGGGAAAAGUAUUGGAAAAAGAGGCAUCGUCUUAUAUUCGGGACAAUACUUCAAGCCACAUGGUUCCAAGGUGUCAUUUACCAACUAUCCCACUAGGUAGCGCCACUACACAGUAACUGUGCUUUUAUCCACUUGCUGCUUUAACACACCCAUAAAGUCACGGAUGUCCGGUGGGAUACGUUGUGCUUUCUUCUGCUGCUAAGCAAUAACUCCAUUGGUGAAGGAGAAUUCACGUUUUCAAAAUUAUUGUUUUGUUUUUUGUUUUUUGUUUUGUGCUGUGAUGUUUAUUUUCUUAACCACUUUUUUUUGUAAAAUGGUUUAGGGAAUUGUAUGUGCUAAUUUAAUAUUUCUUUUCAAAAUGCUUAAGACUGUGCCCGAUAUUUUUUGUCUUAAUAUUUGCACAGUGACAAUUUUAAAAUCUUAAUAUAUCAGUUUUAUGAAUAAAUGCAAUGUUUACAACUAGAUCUUUUUGGGAAAUGUGUGCCUUUCAUUUAGUGCAUAGCUCUUUGUGUGCGGCUUCAAAAUAUAUUAAUAUAUCAUGCUGUUGUGGUUCAAAACGGCCUAUGAGUCAAGAAUAUGCAUAUUUAAGCAAAUUGUGUGUAUUUUUGGCCUUAAUUAAAACAUAUACAAGCAUAAAACUGAACUGCAAAGGGAUUCAAAGACGCUGUGAUUUGUAGUACUCCACACUGGUCACUAGGUGUCAGUAACGUUACAUUGAUGAGACAACAGCUGCCGCAGGAAGUACAAAAAGAAGAAGAACAAGGAACUAUGCCAAUGCUAACGUGUAAGUCGAUAUUAUUUUAUUGUAUAACCUAUGUAGUAUUAGUUUUAUUUAUGUCUAAUGGCUUAUUUUUCUCUGGCUACUAUAUUGGGUAAUAGAGUGUGAAGGUGACUAGGUGUGUUAUUUAAUGUCUAAUAAAGUUCAAAGCCCUAUUUAGAAGGUGCUAUCCUCAAACUACGAAACUUUGCGGAAAUUCACGUAUCACGAUCGGGUUUGGAACCAAUUAAUAGCGAUAAACGAGGGAGAAUCGAGGAAGUCUUCCAGGAGUUCUGUUUUGUUGCCUGCUAUGGUGAUAGCAGCCUAUUAGAUCAUAAAAUAGUCACACAUACUGUAUGUUAGCUCUCGGUGUACUUUGCACCCUUCACUUUUCUGCUCCCAUUUUUUUUGCGACAAAUAGGCGUUGCCAUGGAGACAGCAGAGACGACUUGACAUCAUGCGGGCAGGGCUGCACCACUUGCUCUGAUUUAGAAUGAGCUUUUUCCAUCAUGUCAUCAGUUGGAAAGUGCAAGAGUGUGUGUGUGUGUGUGCGCGCGCACACAAAGCUAACUAGUCAAUGGGUGGCAGAGGAACAGGCAGCUUUUGUUAAGCACAUCCUGUAUUCUGCGCAGACACGUCCGUCGUUCAUACAUGCAACAGGUUUUAUUUGGAUGUUUAGUUUGCACAUUUUGAAAAUAAGUGUCCAAUAACCGAAAUAACACCAAGUGAUUACAUAAUACCAUUCGAGAUGUUGUCACGCUCCAGUAUCUGCUGUAUAGAAGUCCACACGCAAAUGUCAGCCGUGUUGGCUUUCACUUAACAAUAAACUCUCAUGAGAAGUUGCAGCUGUGUGUGUGCGUGUGUGCACGUGACAAUAAAGAAUGGCUUUGUUAAAAAUGCAAACCUAAACCUUCACAUUGAGUC